AUGCCAAACACAAGCAGCCUGGUCCGCAUUGACGAGGAGACGCUGCCCCCAGCAGUCGCGCGCCUCCUCUUGGCUGACGCCUUCCUGCGCUGCACCUCCCUCUCCUCCGUCGCCCUCCCGGACGGGCUCGAGCACGCCUUCUUCGACUGCUCCUCCCUCCGCCGGCUCACCUUCCCCGCGCACAACUCCCGCCUCGCACAGCUCCAGAACUUGGGCUACCAGGCCUUCGGCGGCUGCUCCUCCCUCGCCACAGCCACCCUCCCUCUCGACGCAGACGCUAAUGACCUCGACGGCACGGCGGAGAUGGUGAAGCUGGUCGCCUUCUGCCCAACCACCACCGUCCUCCGUCUUUCGCCAGCUCGAAUGCGCGCCCAGGAGCGGCUCCGGCUCCUCUACCAAGGCGUGCUCGCGUACAAGCGCUGCCGCCCCCUGCUCCUCGGCUGGCUAGAGCGGGCGCAGAUCCGGCUCGACUCUUACGGCUUGGACGGUGCCGCGCGCCAGCGAGACCGCGAGGAGUUCGAGAGCGAGUUUGCGAACCUCACGGCGACCUGA